GCCUUGGAGCGAUACCAAAAUGUCAGCAGAUAAGGCGGCUGCAGCCGAGCGACGACGAUACGCAUGCGCACUGGGCGCGCCCGUCGCCCGGGCGAAAGGCAUAUGAGCGGCGCGGCCACCGCUGUCGACACUCCCCCGAGGACAGCGGUCGUGGUCGGAGGUGCGCUGCGCCGGCCCGCUGCCUCCCUUUCACGUGGUGUAGUGCUCCGCGGCGCCGCGCCGCCAGCCAGUCGCCAGCCGACGCCGGCCCAGUGCAGACGUGUCUUCUCCCCGGACCACCGGUCGCUCUUUCUCGUGUGGUGUUGGCACAUCAUGUGCAGUGGCGAGCAUGGAGUCGCCCCAGAUGUAUGAUCUCAGCGACUCUGUGGUGAAGCCCAGCUUUAACGGACUCUCGGGCAAGACGCGACUGGGCGGUUAUGGAGAGGAGUUCGGCGACCUCGCCGACCUCGGCGCCUCGGAGGUGUCACUCGACCUGCAGGCCUUUGUGAACGACCCACACUUCAGCGAUGGCAUCUUCACAGACAUCGUCGAAGGCAAGGGCCUGGGCGCGGCGGCGGCGGCGGCCGUGGCCGGUCAGGCGGGCCGCGCCGGCAUGCCGCCGGCCUCGUGCGCCGGCCUGACGUACCCGACCGCUGGGUACCUGCCGCAGCCGAUGCCGUACACAGUACCGCGUCUGGGCGGCGACACCGUCACUGCCAUCCCCGUCAAAAAGGACCCGGACGCGGCCGAGUUCCAGGCGUGCCGCCAGCCGCCGGUACACCCUGGCUUCGCCGGCGGCUACAGCCCGGCCUACGCCAGCCUGACGCCCGUCUCCUCAGCUGCCGGCGGCCUGGUGCCGGCGCGACUGCCCACCAGCGCUCCGCCAGCGCCGCCCAGCCGGCCCUCGGGCGGCUCCAAGCACUCGCCCUCCAAGCGCAUCAGCCCCGGCUCUGAGGAGUACCGCCGGCGCCGCGAGCGCAACAACGUGGCCGUGCGCAAAUCGCGGGAGAAGGCCAAGAUGCGCUGCCGCGAGACCGAAGAACGCGUCAAGUUCCUCUCGCGCGAGAACGAGGGGCUGCACAAGCGGGUCGAGAUGAUGACCAAGGAGCUGACCGUGCUGAAGAACCUGUUCGCCAACGUGGGCGUACUGCCAGAGCAGCUGCAGCGUGAGAUUGCCAAGCACCUGGGUGACGGGUUCGGCAGUCGACCGGCGGCGCCGCCCGCCGGCUUGUGACGAUAGGUGCAGCGGCCGGCGCGGCCGCCCGGUGCGAUCUCAGCCUGCUGAGGGGCGCGCCUGAUUCUCUCGAUGUCCCUAGUCGUUCGUGUGCGCCUCCCCGGAAGACGCUGUUGUCGCCGCCGCGAGCGACGGCGGGCGGCCAGUGGUCGUGACGCGCUGUGUUUUUACCCGGCCGGGUCGGAGGAGACGGACUCCCUCCCGCCGGUCAUCCGUAUCUGUUUGUGUGCGUGUGUGCGCGCGUGUGCGUGCUCGCCGUGUCACCACCUUCACUCGUUCGUGCGCACAAACGUGCACCGUAAUUGUUCUGAUGUCAAUGCACGUCUGGACGUGUUCUCGUGGCCGCGUUCUCACCAAGGGUUUGCGAUAUGUGAGCGUGUGAUGAGAAGCUAAUGUGCUGUGUGUUGAGAAGCUAAGGAUUGAAAGAGUCGACUCGCCGCGCACGGCGGCCGGAGGUCGUGAGGACGUGUGUGCGGGAGCGACUGAUUGUACUGGUACCUUGUGCUGUUCACACUGUCCCCCUGACCGAGUUUGUCUAGAGGCAGGUGUAGUGUUGGGGAGGCGUGGAGAUCGGGUCGUGUAUAUGUGUUCAUGUUGCGAGAACCAUCUAUUUUAAUAAAGUGUUAUCUCGA